AUGACCACUAGGUGGCCUCGCACAGGUAUCGCAAUCGGCGCCCUUGCUCGGAUUUCAUAUGCGAAUCCUAUCAGAAAGAGCCCUUCUAGUGAGCAGGCUCAAAUUCAAGGUCACGUCCGAAUACAAGGACUUCCGCAUCACCUUCUCGCUCCUAGAGAGGGUAUAUUCAUCCCUCCACCUCCAAGUCCAAAGGAGGAGCACAAACACAUCAUCAUAGCAUCCAUCCUCGCGUUGUCUUUGAUGCUGCUGGCAGUUCUCGUAAUCCGAUGCAUCAUCCCAUUGACGGUUGGGAGGCUCGCACGAGGCACCGUAAGGGGCGGGAAGACCACGGGGCAGCAAACGCAGUCUGAUCGUGACGGCAACGAUGGGCGAGCAGAGAAAGGGAGAGGAAAUGAUAGCAAGGCCUGUCAGGAUUAUCAGACAUUGGGGAAGAUCAUCGGAGGGGGGUAUGUGAUGGUCGUGCUAGAAGACGAUCAGAAACGAGAGGGGGUCGAGGGCAGGCGAACAGUGAGGCUUCCGGAAAAGCCUCCUGCAGUCGUUCUGAAAGAGGAGCUUCCUCUGUCGCCAAUUAUGCUGGUCAUGGGCAGUCCACACGAUUCCCGUCCAGCGUACCACACGCGGGCGAAACUUACACUGUAUGCGACACAGUAA